CUCGUAUAAAAUGCACUAUUUGAAUGGAUACGUGACCGCCCGUCCGCCCCAACAAAACCCAGUAACAAAAACCCAGUUCGAGAGCGUCUAGUUUUACUACCUUCCUGCAGAAUUGGGGAUUUUUCCCGUUUUUUCUCUUCGCAUUUGCACUUCUCUCUCUUUCCUUCAACAGCUGCAAUCGACGAAAAUGAUAAUAUCGGGCGAUGUGCCUCCUAAUCAAUCCAUCUACAUUAAAAAUCUAAAUGAAAAGGUCAAGAAAGAAGAAUUGAAGCGGUCAUUAUACUGCUUGUUCUCUCAAUUUGGGAGGAUUCUUGAUGUUGUAGCUUUGAAGACGCCUAAACUUCGAGGUCAAGCUUGGAUAUGUUUUAGUGAAAUCACUGCUGCAAGUAAUGCUGUUCGGCAAAUGCAGAACUUUCCUUUCUACGAUAAACCCAUUCGGAUACAAUAUGCGAAAACCAAGUCAGAUUGUAUUGCUAAAGCUGAAGGGACUUAUGAAAAGAAGAAAAAACAAGAUGAAAAAGCUGAAAAGAAGCGACGUACAGAAGAAGCUCAACAAACUGGUGCUGCACCUAAUGGUACUGCUUCUCAAACCAAUGGUGGCCCAUCUGGUGGACACCGUAAGACUGGUCCACAGGAAGCAGCAGCUCCAAACAGUAUAUUGUUUGUAUGCAACUUGCCCCAUGAAACCACAAGUAUCAUGCUGCAAAUGCUCUUCCAGCAAUACCCAGGUUUCAGGGAAGUGCGGAUGAUUGAAGCAAAGCCGGGUAUCGCUUUUGUGGAGUUUGAUGAUGAGGAUGCAUCUACAAUAGCAAUGCAGGCCCUUCAGGGCUUCAAAAUUACACCACAGAAUCCCAUGGAAAUCAGUUAUGCUAAGAAAUGAUUGUUAUCGUGCUAACUAUCUGUGGGAAUGAAUGUCCAAUGUUCAAAGGCGACUGUAGUCUUACUGUAGGAGACAGCCUGGAGAAAAAAGUCGUAUGUAGUUCAGAGGUAUACUACAUGAGUUUUCUGUACAUCUGAUAUAAUUUGUGCUGUGAUGAAACAAUGUGAUUUCAAUGGCAGAUGUAGUGCCAUACUAAGUAGCGUUGGUGAAAGAUAUUUUGAAUUAGUUCGGGAUUGUCUUUACACAAAUCAAUUGAGAAUUUUUGUGGUCAUUAGUAAAUUAAAUCUUGUUUGUUUUCAAGUCAAGAGUAGUAUAAUGAUUGAUGUGCUUUUGCCUUGCUAUA